AUGAAGACUCCUAAUUUUGCCUUCCGGUCGGACCUCCCUAUGGACAUCUUGACAUCUGUGUUCAAACGUUUGAGUUUUGUUGAUUUACACCGCGCUAAGAUUGUGUGUCUCAAUUGGUAUUCGUGUUCAAAACAAACGUUGCUCUGUAAAAAAAGACAUCCAUGGCUGAUUCUGUUUCCAGAGAACGAUGUUUGUAGUCUGUAUAACCCGGAUGAAGGUAGGGUUUACAAAACAAAAAGAGACUUUUCAGGGAUCAGAUUCUUGGAAAACUCAGGUAACUGGUUCUUGGUUCUUGAUUCCAAAUCUAAGCUCUACAUCAUAAAUUUGUUUAGCGAGAAACAUAUCGAUCUUCCACCUUUAGAGUCGAUGAAGAGGGAUCACUAUAGUCUUGAACGAGUCGGAGAUAAUGAAUUCAAGGAGAAUGAUGAUACCCUUAUGCCAUUUCGUCCGCGUGAUUAUGUUUAUGAAACAAUUAGCUAUAACAUUGCAGUUACAACAUCAGGAGAGGUUUUGUUGGUUGAGAUCUACUUUUACAAAACAACAAUGCAGAGGAGGUUCAGUCUUUUCAAGAAGGAUCCUAAUCCAGACCCGGAUGCUAUUUUGAACAACCCGAACCCGCUUGUUGAGGUAUAUUCUCUAGGUGAUGAGGCACUGCUUCUUGAUUUGGGCAUCACCGUGCCUGCUGACCAUACCCUUGGCAUCGAGCCAAACUCUAUCUAUUUUACCCGUCAUGACCGUGCUUGUAAACGUGGCUUGGAACCUUCAUGCCUUGACAUAUGUGUGUUCAACCUUGCAACAAAGAACCUCAAACGCUUCCCCGGUCUCUCCAACUUGUGGCUCACGGAUGCUCGAUGGUUUCUCCCGUCAUGA